UGGUUGGUUCCCUUCUUUUCUGUUGCUCUUUCGUCCACCGCUACGUCCUUCGACGCUUCCACUCUUUUGAAACCUGGGCCAACAAUUAUCUGGGCCUCAUGUCGGUGUAUGAGGCUUCGAUAGACGACAGUGACACCACAGUUCUGUAUUCCAACGGCUGGGUGCCAGUGACGGAGGAUGGAACAUGGAGGGGGACAAUGCACUCCACGUCUAUAAUUGGCUCCACCGUUAGGAUUCGCUUCAGAGGUUCUGCAGUCGCCGUUAUCUGUACGAUUCCAACUGGUGGUGAAGGGCAAAGGAGUAUGGCAACCGUCAGCCUCGACGGCGGGGAUCCUGUUCUUGUGUCGGCAUUGACGACGCCUCCCGUCCAGUGGAACUAUGAGUUCUUUAAGGCCGACUCCCUUCCAUUUGCCUCCCAUCUCCUCGUCAUCACGAACGCAGGAAAUGAAGCAUAUCUUCGGCUGGACCGCAUUGAUUACGACCCUACGGAUAGCCACGCCCCGAGGACGCCGACGACCACUCCCCAAGCCCCAGCUGCCGUAACGACAACCGCGACCUCUGUUGUUGUACUUCCCGGAUCUUCAACAACACGAAAUGGUGGCGGAGUUGGCCAAUCCUCGACCUCAAGCCAAGGUUCUGCACUUCAAGGAAGUGUAGUCACUGAUUCGAUGAUCCUGUCUGGAUCGCCUGGUGGCUCAUUCUCAACUGAGAGCAUACCGCCGUUGACCGCCUCUUCCUCUCAGCAAACCUCCUUGGGCUCAAUCAACUCGGACAAUGAUACCUCCGGUGCCAGCCAGUCUUCGGAAUCUCCACUGGCCGCAAUCCUCGGCGGCGUUCUUGGCGGUCUACUCUUCCUGGUCCUCGUCGCUGGCCUUAUCUUCUUCCUCUGUCGUCGUCGACGUCGAAAAGCGGCUGCGAGACAAGCAGGAUCCGGCCCCGACUUUCCUACCGGCAAGUCAUUUACUCCUUUUUUCGACAUAUCUCAUGUUAUUCCUACAGUUGAAACAACUCAGAGGCGCACCGUUCCUACCCCCUACGACCUGGCCCUCGGUUACAACACGCCUGACUCCUCGCAACAGCAUUUUGGUUCAUACGAGGAAGGAUACCCCCAGAUGUCGACGCCGACUAGGUCGGAAGGUGGCUUGAGCUCGCAAACAGCAUUGCUGUCUCCUGUGCGACGGACCGAAAAAGAGAUGUUGGCUGCCCGUCUUUCUAGAGCAGGUCUUGUAUCGCAGGAGGCCCCGCCGGCAUACUUCGCUAGCUCUCCUGCUUAUUAGU